GACUUGGCAAAUGGCGGCGAAUGUUAUUGUUUAAUGGAGUCUGUAAUAUUUCACACUUAUGCCCGGAUUUACCGCUACACCAGCAGAUAUGGAUGGGGGUAGUGAUGGGGGAGGCAGGUGUGGAGGUAGCGGGCGAGGAGAGCUGAUUGAAGCUGUUCUAACCUGCGAAGGGCAUAUAUGUGACCCAGACCUUCCCAAAAAGUUAACCUGCCUUGUUCAUGCCCUCAAACAUGUCACCCAUAGUGAUUCCACAUGGUUUGUGAGAAAGGUGGAGCCGUGGAACAGCGUGCGUGUCACCUUCUCCAUUCCCCGCGAAGCUGCCAUCCGCCUCCACCAGCUGGCCCAGGCGGGGGACCAAGCCCUCCGCCAGCUGGGCAUCCUCUCUGUGCAGGUGGAGGGUGACCAGGUCAUCUCGCUGAAGGUGGCUGGCCCCAACAAUGAGUCAACGGAGAUUGUGCUGCGGACUGAUGGCGGCGGCAGCAGCGAUGGCGCCAGCACGUCCAGCGUGGCGCGGUCCGUCACCACAGCACUGGGUGGGGCGGGGCUCAUGCCUGGGCCCAGUCAUGCCCCGGACAUGGCUGUCGCCUCUGCAUUCCGCAGUCCCGGGGUGCUGGUGUCCCCCGGGGAUGGCCUGGGCCUGGCGCAGCGUCCCCUGGCGCCAGUCAAGGCGCCGUACCCUUUUGGGAGCAUGAACAGAGUGCAGACCAUCCGGGAGCUGCAGCACCCCCAGGGCCCCCCAGUGCAGCCCCCCAUGGGCCACGUGGUGGCCGCCCCGCCCCAGCGCCCCGUCUACAACCCUCCACCCCCCUACCCCAACAUGGAGCCCUCUCCCAUGCGUGCCCCGGCAGUGAUGGCGCCUGGGCAGAGGCCGCCCCCGCCGCUGCCGCCACAGCUUAACGGGACCCAAUAUAUGGCGGGCCCAGCAGGCGGGGCGGCGGUCGUAGCCCCGCCUGGCCCCCAAGUGUUGCCUUCUGUUGUGCAAGCCAGUUCAAAUCAGCCAGUUAGUGGCAGCUACCCCGUGCCAGUGACCCAGACGCUGAACAACCGCUCAGUGCAUGGCCCCGCCCCGGUGAAGGCCGGCCCACGGACAGGCAGUGUGCUCAAGAGCAGCCCCCUGCUGGUGGACCUGCUGCGCCAGCCGGACCACCAGCCUGGGGCCAAGGGGCUGCUGGCCGGCUCCCCGCACGGUUCCCCUGCACCUGCCUCUCCCUCCUCCCGCUCUACCACCUCCACCCCAUCCUCCGACUCCCUGCCCCACACCCCCAUUGCCAACCUACCUCUCCCCGCCGUGCCGGCCAUCUCCCCCCCACCCCACACCUCCGCCCCGUACAGCAGUGGCGCUGCCCCUGCGUCGCUGCCGGCCCCCUACAGUGCCGCGUACGGGGGCCGGAGCAAGGACGUGGUGCAGACACACCAGCAGGUGUACUCCGGGGGCUCCGUCAUCACCAGCACCCUGGCCCCCCAUCCCCGCCUCCCCAACACCCUCAGCGGCGGCGGCUUGCAGCAGCAUCCCCAGGCCACUGGCCAGCCGCCCCCGCCACCUGGCCCACGCCUGCCCUAUGCUGCAGACCAGCGCCCUACGGCCAUGACACCUGGCCCAGCCGCACCCCACCCCAAGCUGCCCGUGCAGAGCCCCGUGCGGCCCACCCCAGCCGGCGAGCCCCGCACUGCCCCGGCCUCCUCGCCCCAGCACACCCCGGCCGGCAAGGAGAGCCAGUACCUCAUCAACCCCAACACGGGGCUGCUGGAGCCCCGCCCCAGCGAGAGCUCGGAUUCAGAGCCCGAGGUGCGGCCACCAUCCCCUGCCACCGACCCGCCCCGUUGCAACGCCCUCGCCUCAGACGACGAGUCCACCACCGCCGCCACCUCCACACCCACCACCAUCACCACCACCAUCGCCGCCGCUGCUGCCUCCACACCCUCCAGGAAAGACACCGACCAGGCCGACUCAGAUGCCCCCCGGCCCUCCGCUGCCGCCCUGGACUCCAAGAAGGCUGCCCCCGCCACAGACUGGCCCAAGGCACACGACCGUGCUGCCAGCCCCGCCACCACCGCCGCCGCCGCCGCCAUGGAGAACAGUGUGGCAGGCGGUGGUGCCGGCGGCACGGAGCCCAUCAAGCUGAAGCUUACCAUCGGGCGGGAGCCGGUGGCCCAGGCCACCAUCGUCACCAAGCCCAGGAAGGGUGAGCGCAAGGAGAUGGCGGCGGCGGCAGCCAACUCCUGCCUGGGCGGGGCAGGGGCGGUGGAGCGGAGGGUGCCCAAGCUGCACAUCAAGCUGAAGUCAAAGCAGGCGGUGAUUGUGAACCCUCUCGGCGAUGGCGAGGCGGGCCGCGGCCCAGACAAGGAGGCCGCCAAGGAAGACAAGACCAACAAGCGCCGCAGCUACCGCAACAAGACACGCACCAGCGAGUCUGAUGGCGAGGGUGGUGGUGGCAAGUACCGAGGCCCAAAGAUCAAGAGUGGCAAAGACAAGGGUGGCGGCGGCGGCGGCGGUGGCGAGGAGUCCUCCACCAUCCUGAAGAUCCUGGACAGCAGGAAGGUGAAGGUGGACAUGGAGGAGGAGCAGCAGCAACAACAACAACAACAACAGCAGCAGCAGCAGCAGCAGGCACCACCACUGAAGGUGAAGUUCAGGGAUGGCACAGAGAGCCGCCUGAAGCCGGCCAAGGCUGCGGAGGAUGGCCGCCUGCCCCUGGGCAAGGGCGAGGCCUCCAGGCUGUCCAAGGGUGAGAACAAGUUCAAGCCGAGACUGAAGGCCAAGGCGUCCGGCAGGAAGGUGGGCGACCUGAACAGUGUUGGUGAGAUAGCUAGUCACAAAAUACUGGAGACCCUGCCACCCAGCAUCACCCGGGUGGCUGCCCUCCACACCCACCAGCCACACAUCAACCCCUCCUCCUCCUUCCCAACUACACCCACCCCCUCCUCCUCAUCCACCUCCUCCUCCGCCCCAAACUCUGCCCCUGCCUCGUCCAUGUCAGCCUCGCCGGCCCCCACCCUGCAGACCCCAGCUAGUGCUGGACCCACUGCGUCCGCCCUGCAGGCCACACACCUGCCCAGCGACGCCAUCAAGGCGGAGCUGGAGAAGCGUAGCAGCGAGGCAACCACCCGCAAGGCGGAGGCCAAGAGUGAGGUGGAGAAGGCUGCUGACAGCCUUAGCCGCCUCCACCCAGCCAACAACCUGGCCACCCUCAUGAACGGCGACCUCACCCACAGCGAGAAGCUCAUGCUGGGACGACUGCGCCAGCACACCCAGCAGCAGCAGCAGCAGAUGGAUGGAGCAAGCAGUAGCAAGCUGACAAUCAAGAAGAAGGGCUCUGGGGAGACACACACCCUGGAGUCCCUCAAGAAGGACCUUCCUGAAGGUAUAGGCAACAUCCCCAAGUACCUGAACUACUCGGUGAUGAUCAACAAAGUGUCACACUCACCGGACAAGUUGCCUUCUUCCCGUCAUGAAGAUCCUGCCGACAAGGGCGUCAAGAAGCUGGACCUGCCCAAGCACACCAUCUGCACUGACCUGGCCAGCCUCAAGGCCAACUCGGACAUCACCAUCCACAGCGUCACCAAGAAUGAGACGCUCAGCUUCAACAAGGCGGGCGGUGAGGCGGCAGAGCGCACGACGUCCAAGGCCGGCAAGAGCGAGGUGACCAAGGUGGGGCGUGUGACACACCUGGAUGUGAAUGACCGCAAGGCGCUGCAGGAGGCGCUGAAGAGCUCGCAGAGCACCACCAAGAAGAGCGAGCCCCACCCAAGCAGUGUGCACCACCUCCUGAGACGCUUCAACUCCAUAGACAGUUCAACUACAGUGCCUGUGUCUCCUCAGUGCGAGAGUACAAACAGCACCUCUGGCGUGAAGGUGGAACCCAAAGUCCCAGACACUGUGGACAGCAAGGUGAAGCGCGAGGUGAAGAGUGACGACAAAAGUGAGAGUAAAGAACCACUUGCUUCUUCAAGUGUUAAUUCAUCAAACAGCUGUGAUACUAGUGUUAAAGUGGAACCUGAGCAGACCAAGACGUUAGAACAGGCAAAGGCUCCAGAAUUCCCCGGAAACGUGGUCCUCACCAAGGGUGAGGUGGAGAGUCCAGAUGGCACGCCCAAAGGGGAACACGGCAGCGGCCAGGGUGGGGAGGACUCCGGCAUAGAGUCCAUGGAUGCUCUGUCUGAGAAAAGUCCAAACCAGAGCGACCAGAGCCCCACCCGCCGCGACGACAAGGAGUGUGAGGCCUUCUCAGAGAAAAGCUCAAGUGACAAGGCCGGCCCCAAGCAGGAGCCAGCGGCUAGUGGCGGCAGUAGUGUUGUAGCACAGAACCAUGGCAGGGCUCAGAGUGUGGAGCCUGACACAAGUGCUCAAGUCCAGAUAAAGACUGAACCCAUGGAGGUGGAGGAGGCGGGUGUGGGCGGCGCGGCGAGCACAAAGUGUGGUAGUGGCAGUGGCAGUGGCAGUGGCAGUGACAGUGUGGUGGGGGCGUGUGAAUCUCUGGUGGACAGUGACAGUAAACCCAUAAAGAAGGAGGAAGAGGAGAAACAAUCCCCUUCACCCCAUAGAGUGGAAGAAAAGGUGUCCAGACCCACGGGGGACUCCACUAGUCCAGCCAAGGCCCCCACGAUACCCAGGGAUGGGGAGGGGGGGAGUGCCGUCCCCCUGCUGACACCCAAGGCAGAAAACACUCACCCUGAACCCAACAACACCACCACAACCAUGGCCUCCUCCAUACCAUCCUCCUUGUAUUCCUCUUCUUCCUCUUCCCCUGUCAUCACCACCACCACCACCUUUUCUUCCUUGCCUUCAUCUUCUUCAUCCACCUCCACCAUCACCACCUCCUCCUCCUCCUCCUCCUCCUCCUCCUCCUCCUCUAGCACUUCAAUAGCCACCCCCACUACUACCACCACCACCACCACCACCACGCCACCUACACCAUCCACUACUGCUACCACUACAGUCAACUCCACUUCCUCCUCCUCUUCCACUUCCAUUACUACAGCAACCACCACCACUACCACUUCCACCACCUCCUCCACCUCCACCUCCACCUCCCCCUCUCUCUUCCCCUCCUCCUCCUCCACACCUUCCUCCACCACCAUCACCUCCACUUUCACCACACCCUCCACCUCCUCCACUAUGGUUUCGGCUGUCUCCUCCUCCACCUUCACCCCUUCUUCUACCUCCACCUCUACCUCCUCUUCCUCCUCCACUUCCACCUCCACCUCCUCUUCCAUCUCCACCUCCACUUCUUCCUCCUCCAUUAUUCUUGUGUCCUCCACCUCCUCUUCCUCUUCUGUUUCCUCUCCUUCCUGUACCUCCUCCUCAUCCUCUUUAACUCCCAUCUCCUCCUCCUCCUCCUCCUCCUCCUCCUCCUCCUCCUCCUCCUCCUCCUCCUCCUCCUCCUCCUCCUCCUCCUCCUCCUCCUCCACCACUUCCACUCCAGUUUCUCUUCCUCUCAUGACUUUAUCCACACUUCCUCUCUCUUCCACUCUUGUGCCACUUAGUGAGUCAUUGCCCACCAUCACAAUAUCCACCUCCUCUUCUCUAACCUCCUCCUCCUCCUCCUCCUGUUUUUCUUCUUCGUCUUCUUCUCCUUUAUCAUCCUCCUUCUCCUCCCCAUCAUCAUCAUCAUCAUCAGUAGUUUCUGUUCUUUCUACUUCUUGUUCACCAGUUUCAUCAUCAUCACCAUUGUCGUCCAUUAUCUUCCCCUCCACCUCCUCCUCUUCCACUUCCUCCUCCUCCUCUGCCUCCUCCUCCUCCUCUUCUUCCACCUCCUCCACCUCUAUCUUCACUACAUGUCCAAACACAUCACCAUCUCAGCCUUCAUUAUCUCCCUCCACUUUGCAAUCCACCACCACAACCACUACCACCUCCAUGCCUGUUUCCUCCACUUCCUCCACUGUUCUCUCCUCCAUCUCCUCCACUGCCAUCACCACUGUCUUAUCACUAGCCUCUGUUUCUCCUCCACCUGUUGCCAUCUCCACCUUGCCACUUUCCCACUCCACUUCUCCACUUCAAAGUCCACUGGUGUCCUUCUCCACCUACUCAGUCGCAGUGCCACCCGCCAGCUGUGUGCCGCCGCCAGUGCCACAGACCCAGGCCCUUGGUACCAUCCUGGCCCCCUCCACCUCCACCAUCCACUCCCUACCCCCUCCCACCCCAUGUUCCACCGCCGCACCCUCUAGUCACACCACCUGCAGUCCAGAUGCCACCACCACCACCACCACCACCACCUCCUCCUCCUCCUCCUCCUCCUCCACCUGCCUCACCGUCAUCACCACCCCCACGUCAUCCGCCACCACGUUACCUUCCACUACCCCACUCACAACUGCCACCACCACCACCACCACCACCACCAGUCAGCCCCCUGUGGUGUCGAGCAUCUCGGUGAUUUCUACAGUGCCUCAAUCUCCAAAGAUGACCGCCCCCACCGCCACCACCACCACCACCGCCACCCUGUCCCUGCCCAAGCCCUCCCUGCUGGCCUUCACCCUCACCAGGCCGCUCACCAGCAGCGCCCCGACACAGGCGUCCUCCUCCAUCCAGGCCGCGUCCCUGCCGCCCAUCGACAAGCUGCCCAUCCUGUCCAGCCCCCCGGAGCUGCCCGGCGGAGCGUCCGCCCCCUCCUCCGCUGGCACCCAGUCCACCACCGCCGUGGUGUCAUCGGCCGGCGGCCCCAAGGUGGUGACCCUGAAGCCCAGCAGUAGCCAGGGCCAGGUGAGCACGCCCCUCAACCUCCCCCCAGGGACAACUUUUCGGCUAGUGGCCCUGCCCGGCAACAGUGCCAUGGCUCCCACCACCAGUGCCGUCAAGGUAGUGGUGUCGCCCGUCAAAGGCCAGCUGAGCCAGCAGGCCACGUCCGGCAUGGGCGGCAUGACAGUGGUGACGGUGAAGCCCGUGGUGAUGGCGACAGGCGGGGCCAAGAACAGCCACCUCCUACAGACACUGUCGGCAAACAAGGCCGAUGACUCUAGUCCCCCCUCCCUCCUCAAGGCUCAGCUCACCGCCCCCACCCUCACCACCUCCCCCCAGGCCGCCGUGGCCACCUCCGUCACCGCCGCUGCUGCCACACCCAUUGUGUCCAGCACCCUCACCAACGGCGACGACCCAGAGGACCUCGACUUUGUGGGCUUCUCCAGCACUCCGCAGGUGAAGCUGCUGCAGCCUGGUGAGCUACACCGCGAGCUGGCCCGCCCCGACGCCACUGAGCCACACCUCUCUGACUCCUGCAAGAGUCCUGAGGUGCUGUCGCCCACAGGAGAGGAGCCCACACCCCUUAGGGUGCACCCGCCCCUCUACACCUAUGGCAACAGGGAGCGCAAGAAGGACGUGGAGUCUGACGCAGAGGACAGAGAGCGGGAGGAGGCCAGGGCGGCAUCGGACGGCGAGGGGGGGCCAGAGGCCAAGGCUGGCGACCUGUUGUGCCCGGAGAAGGAGAAGGAGGAGUGCGCGGCGAAGCCCAAAGCCAAAGACAAGAAGUUUGACGCGCUCUCCAUCGAGAUCCCGCCCGCGGACACCAGCCUGGCGGACGACAAGCGGCUGACACGCAGCACCAGACACAGCGCCCGCCUGGCAAGCCCCAAGGUGAACAGCCCGGGCGCAGACCUCAGCCCCAAGGUGGACCGCAGGAGUCCGGCCAGCAUGCUGUCCAUGGGCAAGCCCAGCCCAGUGUCCGUGCUGCGGCCCAGCGUCAGCCCCGCCACACGCGGCACCAAACGCCGCCGCCACGAGUCAGAGAGCAGCAACGCAUCCAGCGUCAACGAAGACACCCAGGAGCCCCAGGCCAAGGCCGCCCGCAGGAAGCCACCCGACAAGCCCGCAGAUGAGGACGAGAGUUCUGAGGAUGAUUCUCUAGACGGCGGUGGAGGGGUCAACAAGAAGAGGAAUCCCUCCGCUGCCUCCACCUCCACCAAUGAAGACGACGACGACUCCAGGCCGUCGUCGCGCAGCAGCCGUACGUCCUGCAAGGCGCCACGCAGCAGGGAGCGGCAGAGCUCAGCGGAAUCUACCGGUGCCCCACGGGACACCACACCCACGCGCCGCACGCCACGCCAGAAUAACCGUGGCCCCACCAAGGAGCGCUCCCCUGAACCAGCCAGGGAGCGUGGCCCGGCGGGGCUGGCUGCCUCCAAGGUGGCUGCUUCUGCUGCUGCCGCUGUGCGGGACAGCAAGGACAAAGCUGCUGGGGUAGCAUCCACCACCACUGCUGGUGGUGGUAAGGAGCCAGCCAGGGAUAAGGAGGUGGUGCGGGACAAGGAGGUGGAGAGAAAAGAGCUGGUGAAGGAUAAAGAUGCUCAAUUGAAAGACAAAAGGACUGGUGGUGUGGUGGUGAAGGAGGCCAAGGUGGUGGCCAAGGAGAAGAGUCCACAGUGCAAGGACAAGGACAAGAGUCCUCUGCAGACCGCCAAGACCAGGAAGGACAGCGAACAGUCAGAGCCGGAUGCCACCAACAGGAGGAAGACCAGAAGCACUGCAACAACAAAUGAAGACACUCCCAACAAGAGAAGAAGAAUGUCCAAAGAGAAGUAGUGUCCAGCAUACCUUGCUGCCAGGAAGGCGUGGUGGCAGUGCUUGUGAAGCACCGUGUGUCCUGCAGCAAGUGUGUGUGUGUGUGUGUGUGUAUGUAUGCGUGUGUGUGUGUGUGUGUGUGUGUGUGUGAGUGUGUUGCAGUGGUGGAGUGUUGCUGUGACCAGACGGCAGUGUGUAUCAGUAUUAGAAAACAUAAGUGCAAUAACAUUCUCUCUUACACUGUCUGUCUCCUUCCGUUCCUACGGUGGCGGCGGCGGCCGCUGCCACCCGCUUUCCUGUACCAGUCACCUCUGCCUGACCACUGCGCCAAGUUUUGUGGAAGCAACGCACGCUUGGAGACGCGCCGGCCGACGUGAACCUUGUGUCCCGUGUCCAUGUUGGGGGCGUGUUUCCCAAACUGUGCCCGUAGUGGACAAACCCUCAACUCCUGAGAUCUCAGCCAGUGGCAAGCCACGCUCACUUCGCCCACUGCAGACUCUGUAGGCUAUUACGUUACGUUGCGUUACGUCACGACGCUGCUUAAGACAGACUAAGACUAGUGCUGCGCCGAGCAUGGUGGAGUGUCAGUGCCGCUGCCAGUAGGGUACAGCUGCGGCCGCCGAGGACAGCUGCCCAAUGCAAUGAUGUGUGAUUCAGGGUGGUUAGUGCACCCUCCCCCAGUGAGAGAGUCUCCUGGUAGUGUUGUCAGGGACGGAGGCGGUGGUGUGGCCGCCCGCCCCGGCGCGGGGCAGCUGUCGGCCGCGCGCCCCGGGGCGCCCACAUUUUUUUACACCAGCACCUCUAUUGUAAAUGUAGAUUGUAUAUAUUGGUGAAUGUUUUUAAAUGUACAAAGUCCAGCAAAGUGAAUAUUUUCUGUGUAUUUCUGUAUAGAUGACAGCAAGUAGAUGCAGAUCCUGUAAAUUAGAAGCUUAAAGUGUAGAACCUAUCAAGGUGAACUCCGGCUGUAUUUAUUGUACAUAGUGUAAUCUGUUGUAUAGACCACCACUACUGCAAACAACCUCGUUAACAGUGAUGUUUGUUUCUCCACGUCCUGUGCCCGACGAUGCCGUUUUCUCGGAACACCUCACGCACUCCUCCUCUCCAGACACCCGCUGACGUCCGCAGCCACUCCUGCCGCGCCGGGCCGGGCUGGGCCAGGCCGGGCUGCCUGGGCCACCUGGGACGCCACUGGACGCGGGAGACGCGAGCAUCGUCCUCCGGCUGAUCAUUUCGUUUUAUGAACUUGAUCGUGGUGCGUACACACCCACCCCCCGGGCUCCCGCUCCCUGUCACCCACGGCAUCACCAAUGUAAAAUGUUUGUAAUUUACCCUAAUCUAUUUUUUUUAGCUUUAUGGCAUGAAAAUUAUUCUUUAAUGGCCCUAUUGAUUCUAUUGUAAUGUAAGAUUUCAUAUUUUACAUUGUUAUGAAUAACAGUUUUAAUUAUAUACAUUGACUUUC